AAUUCUGUGGGUGGUUUGACCACCUUCCCAGCUCCAGGUCUAAUCUUAAUGGACCUGAAGCAGGCUAAGUUCAAUCUUUCCAGGACAACGAAUGAUCUUGCUGACAUUUGAGCUUCUGUUGAUUCGUUAAACAAGAAAUUGGUGAAGACUUUCUAGAAGCCCCGGGAGAGGUUAUCUUAAAUUCCUCAAAGAUAUCAUCUCUUGAAAAGAAGAGCUAAACCAAACCAAAUUGAAGAUGCAAGUGGCAGAAGAUGCUGGAAAGAAGGGCAGUUCUGAUAACCCUAUAGAAAUUACAAAAGAGCUUCGAUGGUCGAGUUCUGAGGCCAGGCAAUUCAAGAAGAUGGGAGAAGCAGCAAGGUCAAUUUCUAAGAUUGAACAGACAAAGGAUAAGAUAAAAACAGCUGACAGGAGGUUGGUUGCAGCCAGAAAAAUGAAGGAACCAGCUAGAUCGAGCAGCUGAAGCCAUGGCUCUUGCGGAGAUCAAAGCUCUCCAAAGAACUGAGAGCUCAUCUGGAUUUCCUCAGAAGAAACCUCAAGGAGUGACUCUUUCAUUUGAAGAGUACUCUCCUUUAACAUGCAAGGCUCGAGAGGCUGAGGACCUCUCUAAGAAGAAAGUGAUUGAAGCUAUGCGCCAAGCUGAUGAAGCAAAUGUUUCUAAAAUGGAAAUCCUAAAGAAGGUAGAGGAAGCUACAGAAAACGUCACAACUAGUAAGAAGGCCUUGGAAAAAGCACUGAAGCGAGUAGAGGCCCCAAAUCAAGGCAAGCCGGCAGUUGAAGAGGCUCUUCGCAAAUGGAGAUCCGAGUAUGGUCAGAAGAGACGCUCUGUACAGAACUCUACCAAGUUUAAGAAUCCUUACCCGUCUCAUCACAGGAAAGAUCCCCGUGUCCUUGAUGUCAAUGGUGUUGAAGGAAACCAUGACACUAAUGCCACAGACUUCCAUUCACAUGCUGGUGAUGAAUUCAAGCUUGGUUACAUUAGAAUGUAACUUAGUUAAUGGCUUUUGUUGUUGUUUAAGGAUUGGUUUAAGUUUGAUGUAAAAGCUGUCCUUUUGUAAGACUUGAUGUGAUAUGAGGGAUCCUUGUUCUAGGCAUCAGACAAGUUUCCUUAGAUUAAGGAAAAGAGAACAUCAAAUCAUAUUUUGUAAUGCUGUAAACAUAUAUCAGUAGCUCAAUGAAAAUGAGCAAUUGUU